UACUACUACUUUAUUCCAGACAACUUGAACUCAAUCACACUGUCUGGCACGAAUCAUCGAACAUCGGCAAUGCCUGAAUUUUGUUAUCACGCGAACCAUGUUGCAUGUAUAACCCGUAUAUUCAAGUUGAUACCUUGGGCCACUAGGGUGCACAUGUCAAGGACACGAAACACCAUUUCACGAAUGCGUACGGGCUUCUGCAGCGCACCCACAGGGCUCUACCGCCUCUGCUUGUGUCAUCAGAUUGUUAUUGUCAACUUGGAGCUUCAUAUUCUUUAUCGAUCCCCCGCGCCAUAUGGUCAUUUUCCCUGGAUGCUUUGGCAGUGGAGCAGCUGCCAAGCUACUAAAUUCUUGACUUCCAAGCUCCACAGCUCAGCCCGUAGGGACGCCCCCGAACAACCUACCGCCGCAUUAAAAGCUCAGGUGAUGACAAUUAACUUAUUACGCAGAUCCCGAACCGGCACGGAGUCCGCAGAAAUAACAGCACCGCUAGUGACGACAGAGGGUCGCGACUGCAUUCUCGUUGUCCAGUGUUAUGGAACACCGACAAUUACUUCCCAUAGGGGUUCAUGCGUCUUGUGUGCGUGUGACCUAGGCCAUUUAAACGGCGCACGGGUACACAUUUUGCAGCACCAGUCCAUUCAGUCGAUCAGCAGGACAUGGCAAGAUGCAAGGAUCUAGAUUCUAAGGAUUCCGCGGAAUUGAGUGCCAAUUAUGGAUCAACUGUCAACUUUCACAGCCUAAACAUUCACAAAUACGCCCAAUUGUCGCGGGCUUGGUGAAACGUUAUGAGGGUGUUUAUGUU